AUGGAAUUUCGUGGAACUUUUCCAUUGAAUUCCAUUCAAAUUGAUGUCCUUAUCUCCCAUGGAAUGCCAUGGAAAUCGAUGGAAUUCCAUGGAGGUAUUUCUUACGGUAUGUACCAGGGGCACCUAACGACAAUUUUCGGAAAAUAUCUGUUCGGAAGACGAUUUGAUAUCUAGAAUUUUCGGAACAUUUUUUGUAAAAUUUCUUGCUUGCCUGCCUCUGCUAGGAUUUUCGAAAAUCUACAAAAUGAUAUAAUUGCCUAUUUUUAACGGAUUUUUACCCUAAAAAGGUCACGAAUUUUCGGGAGCCUUUUCUCUGGCUGGAAAUUUCGAACAGGUAAGUUUUGAUCCCUAUAAUUUUCGGAUCACUAGAUAUAGACUUUAAGCUAGGAGGUCCGAAUUUGCAUAGAGAGUGGCGUACGGUCGUACUUUCUUUACUCCGCGAUAAUUGCUUUAAUUUCUUAGUGAAUCUUGUUUUCCACUCAAUUUUUGUUAUUGCUAUUUGCCAUUUACGACUCUAACUAAAUUACCUAUGCCUGAAACUCGUACCACGAAGGCUGCUAGAACUAAAGGAGCUGAUUCCGCGGGAUCUGAACUUGUCACAAUGGCGACACUGAGGGACUUGUUGAAAGUGCAAGAAAGAAUGUUUAAGAAUUUAUUCGACUCACUGUUGGCCAACGUAAACACACGGCUGGAUUCCGUCAUCGGCCAAGUCGCAGAAAUCAAAGCUAGACUAGAUAUUUACGAGAAAGACACUAGCGAAUUGAAGGUGAGCCUUGAGUUCUCCCAGAAAGAUAUCAAGGACUUGAUACCAUGCUCAUCCCGACUGCAUGAGGUCGAAGAAGAGAUUGAAAAGAUGUGCGGUUCCCUCGAUUACCACACUGAUAGGAUCGAAUAUCUGGAGAACCAACGUAGAAGGAGAAAUAUUCGAACAGACAGCAUUCGAGAGGAAGAAGCAGAAACCUGGGACAACACCGAAACCAAAGAAAAGGAGAUACUCAAAGAGAAGCUUAACCUCGAUGAAGAACCGGAUAUCGAGCGGGCUUAUCGAGUCGGCAGAAGAGCAAAUGCUACAACUGGCUCCGUAGAGACGUCCAAGGACCAUCGUUUGUCGCCUCCGCGAUUGGAAGCAAAAAGAACAGAUCAUCAGAAGUGCAAGGAGAAUCAAGCCCCCUGGAAUUUCUGUUGAUGAAGACCUGGCACAAGAAACCCUUGACAAGAGGGAAGAGCGGCGUCCUAAGUUUGAAGAGGCGAGAAGAAACGGGAAAAUAGCCUAUUUCGUUUUAGACAGGCUGGUUAUUAAAGACAGAAUUGAGCGUCCCAGUUAAGUAGCUGUGUAGUUUUGUGCUUUAGCUUUCUAUAAUAUUUAUAGUACGUAUUUAUAUAUUUAUUGUUUAUUAGCCAUGGCUUCGAUUCCUGAUCACACUUUACCUUUUAAUGCUUUAGACGAUUAUAAUGAUUUUAAUGAUCCUGAAAGACUUUCCAGCCUAAAUUACGAUCCUUUAUUUUCAAGUUGAAGUAAAGGAGACAAAUUUUCUAGGCGUAAUUUUGGAUGAAAACCUAACUUGGAAGUCGGAAAUGUCACACGUUGCAAGUAAAUUGCGAAGUCAAUCGGUAUAAAAUCUAGAUGCAGCUUCUUUCUUCCUAAAUCGUCUUUACGUAUGCUCUACUAUUCCUUAAUCUAUCCUUAUUUUUACUACUGCAAUAUCGUUUGGGCUUCGACCUAUAAACCAAUCUCCGCCGCCUUGUUAUCCUGCAAAAGCGCGUUAUUAGAAUUAUUAAUAAAUCACAUUUCAAUGCUCAUACUGAACCCAUCUUUAAGGACCUCGGUAUACUAAAAUUUAACGAUAUCCAUUUGCUUCAACUGGGCUUAUUUAUGUAUUCUUUCAAAAAUUCAUUCUUACCUCCAAAGUUUAAUAACAAUUUCUCUCAAAGCAAUCAAUUCCACUCUUACAAUACAAGAAAUUCCCAGGCCUACCGUCUACCUUAUUGUCGUACAAACACGAAGUUCUCGCCCUUUUUUCAAGGGCCUAAGUUUUUUAAUUCACUUGACAACAAGAUCAUCAACUCUCAAUCCCUCUCCUCUUUUAAGAAAAAACUGAAGAUUAAAUUAUUGAGUAAGUAUGAAAACAGUUCAUAAGUCUUUCCAUCUUCGACUUUUCGCCUUCUUUUCUUCAAUUGAUCUGAAACAGCUCUAGCUCAUAGUUCGAGGAGGCCUAACCUCUUAUAAGCUCCUAUAGUUUCUGUUAGGUCUCCUCGCCACUUCUUUUUUUCUUCUUUUCCUAUAUUUUUUGUAAUUAUUGUGUGGCAAAUAAAAUAAAAUAAAACAGAUGAGAAAUAUUUAGGGGAUAAAAAUAUGCCUAUAUCUACCGUUUAAAUACUAAAAUAUGUUUAACAAUGCUAUAUUUAAGUGGUUUUGAAUUAUAUUCUCGUUGUGUGCCCCUGAUGUGCCAAGUUAUUUAAAGGGGCUAUGUCACGCUAUUUUCUACCUUUUUAAAAAGCUAAAGCGUGUUUUCGAAUCAAUUGAAUUCCAAGAAUAAGACUAUAUUUAGGCAUUGAAACCGUUUCCUGUCGUCUGUUAAUAUGGAUGGCAAGGAUGAUUGAAACUUGAAAAAAUGGCCAGCCUUUUCAAUGCAAAAAAUUACCGAAAAAUAAUUAUGGCUAGUGCUGUCUGAUAAAUUUUGUUUGAGACCUUCUCCAUAAAUCUAAAGGAGCAUUUUGUUUAAGUGUAUAGGCACUAAGUAAUGACUGCAGCACGUAUUAUUUCUAAAAACAGCAAUAUCCUCGAGACAAACCCCCUUUAACACCAGGAUAAAUUGACUACUAUAUGAUUAAAACGCCCGAUCACUGUUGUGGGAAGUCAAAUCUCUUUCUUUUUUCCACGAGCUUGACGUGGCAAGUGUUUCAUCUUUUCCAAAACGAAACGUGUUAUUAUUCUCUUGUCUUAAAGCGUCAGCGUGUCCAAGUAUGGCAAUCCUGACAGGGACUUCAGGCAUCAUCACAAGUCCUUCUUACCCGGGAAAUUAUGGUAAUAACCACAAUUGCAAAUGGAAAAUCAUGGCAAGUACAGGAAAUCGCGUCAAGUUGGUCAUUCAAGACAUGGACAUAGAACGUGAGACUAACUGUGGCUACGACUAUAUACAAAUUGAAAAUGCUGCCAUAUAUGCUAGUGGUGUGCUUCCUGGGCGUUUAUGUGGUUCACUCACCAGCAAUUUGACUUUUUCUUCUUACAACGAAACCUUGAUUGUACGUUUUGUUACUGAUAGUUAUGUAACAGCCCGUGGAUUUAUAGCAGGAUACACUGUUAUUCCUGCUGGUAAGUAGAAAGAAUUAUGUUUUGCAGUGCUUUGCGCUUUAUCCAGUAUAGUAUGUUGCGCGGUAUCUCGCCAUAAUCGCUUGUAAACACUAGAAAUUUUUGUUUGAGCAUAGACGAUUUCUGAAUUUUGCCCUCAAAGAUAGUCCUUUACAUUUCUCUUGAAAGGUUUCCACUUUGCUCAAUUAAGUAUAUUUAAAAUCAGGGGCAUAGCCAGCCAUUUUUUCCAUUUAAGCCCGAUUUGAAGAGGUCCUGAGAAAGCGAGGGAUGAGAGAUUCAUUCAUUCAUUUAGUCGUUCGUUCGUCCGUCCGUCCGUCCGUCCCUCCCUCCCUCCCUCCAUCCAUUCAUUCAGAGAGUUGUAACUUAAAUGUAAACGGUGCCUGUACCUGGAUUUUCUUACUUAUUGCCCUGAUGUGUUGAGGACUUAAUAGAAAGCCAAGAUGUCGCCUAAGCCAUAAACAGUUUUUAGAAGGAACAUGAAGAACAGCGGGUCAUCUUUGCUCAAAAAUGUUGUGUCAAAAGAGUAAUUAGCAGUGAUUCGUCAACGAACGGGUUCUUUUAGUUAAAAAAAACCGUGUCACAGUCACACCUUGAUAAACAGUUUUUGAAUUCUUUAUAAAGAACACUGUUACACUCAAGUGCAUCUCCUAAGGUCAAUAGGGACGUGAGUGUCUCUUUAGCACUGCAUGUUUCGCUUGUGUUUACUAGAACUAGGGAUUCCAUCAAUAUCGACGAUCGUACGUAUAUAUUAUUAUAUCUCAGAAAAACGAGUACUCAGAGAGUAAAAUGGCAACUUUCUCAGGUCUUUGUAAGGUCUUCAGCUGUUUCGUCCUUUGUAUCUUCUGAGGAAGAGAUUCUAAUUUGUCACAGAAGAGGGAUGAGAGGCAGCCCGGUUCAGUUUAGAUUUAGCGAGAAUACGGCUCUUCCGACUAUGAAAUUUGAGUUACUCUGUUUGCAAAAUAGAAUUGCAGAGCGAAGCUAGUUCUUAAAGGGACACAGUCAGCUGAUGCAGAUGCGCAUUAGAUGCCAUUUCUUAGCUGAUUUGCAUGUUAGAAGACGCGCGUGAAACAGAAGUGAGAAGCGUAUCCGGAAUACUCUAAGCAAACCUUGUAGAGUUGAACUAGUUACAAGCCGAAAUCGUGAUUAUAGACCCUAAGCCAUAUCAGAGCACUCAUUUAUAUAUAUAUAUAUAUAUACCAUUGCGACUUCACCGAUGGAUUUUUCCAGACAUCGACGAAUACUUUCGAACGUUAGUAGAGUACGAAAUUACGCGAAGUCUGAAUCAUUGUCGAAGGUUCAAGGCCGAGAAAGAUUGAUUUUCCACGUACACGUAACUACUUACAUCGAUUUUCCAAAUAUAUCAAAUGAUUAUUUGCUCGCCAGUGUAUUUGAUUCAUUUCUCUUGUUAUUUUGGUAAACGAAGGCGAUUCCUCCCGCCCGGCGCCAACGCGUGUUCAUGUUCCUUUGGAUACUAUUUUUAACCAAAUAUGGUAAAAUACUGUAAAAGGAUGAGUAAAAAAAGAGGUUUUCAGUAAAAGAUCGAGGAUCGAAUAAAACAGUAGGCAAGACAGAGCGGAUUUCUAGAUGUAUCUGAAACGUACAUUUAAUUUCAGGUUGAGAUAAACGCUUUUCAAACUUGCAAAACUAGUGUCCUGGUCAGCGCGUUCCCAUAGCUGACUGUGUCCCUUUAAAUCGAUUUUUAAGUAAAGCAAACUAAAGUAACGAACCAUUUAAAUGGAAUAUUUCGUUCGAAAUUGCGUUUUACAUCGAUCAAUGCAGAGUAAACAUAGUUACCUAGAGCAUGAAAUGAAAUAUAUAUUUUUUAAAGCAUUGGCUAAGGAACAAAAAAAAGUGGUAACCUUGUGAACACACCCGCUUUUUCAAGUACCCACGCUGGAAUUCGGGCACGGUGCCGGUGCCCGAGUACAAUUAAGGACGAGCUCGGGUACAAAUUAGGCACCGGUUAAAAAAAAAUUGUAACUUGACAUCUCUUUACCCACGGAGCAUUUAGAAGUUCUCAAGAAGUCGUCGAAACGUGUCCGUGCGUUCCAGAUCGAAAUGGAAUUUGAAGUGUUUAUUUUUGAGGAGAGGGAAAACCGAAAUACACGGAGAAAACCUCCCGGAACAAGGACGAGAACCAACAACAAACUCAACCAACAUACAUGUAUGGCGUCGACGCCAGGAUUCGAACCCGGACCACAUUGGUAGGAGGCGAGUGCUCUCACCACUGCGCCACUCCGCAUUUUUGUUAGUUCUGGAGCAGUCCACUGCUUUGUAGCCGCUGCUAAGGUUAAGUUUCAAACUGGCCAGAAUUUGUCAGUGAAUUUGUCGGUACUGACAAACCGACAAAAUUUGUCAGUCGUCGGUUUGUCGGUUCAUGUCAGUUGAACUGUCGCUUACUUUAGUUAAAAGUUGUCAGUGAAUUUGUCGGUACUGAGAAACCGACAGAAAUUUUGCAUUCGUUUGCCGAAAUGAGGAUUUGUAGACGUUGAAUAAAAACUUGAACCUUAUGAUAGUGAGAAACACAAAACAGGCUAAAGGUGACGUCAUUUGGUGAUCCGCAACACCAAGAAACCACCAACGUGUUAGUGUGGGCAUAGGCAUCCGAAGCUCACGUUAUGAGUGUGUUAUGCAAGUUUACUUUCUCACAAGAGAGUCGGUGUCGCGUUACAAGCAACCGUUGAGACUUUGUAUCAGAAAUAACACACAAGGUCUGCGAACGCUAAAUAUCAUUGUUUUUACUUUUUUCUAUAACAUAAAUAAAGGAGACUAGGUAGGUCUCUUUUAUUUAGUUUAUAGAAAAAAGUAAAAAUGAUAUUUAGCGUUCGCAGACCUCAGUAUUUUAUUUCUCAAGUCUCAACGAUCGCUUGUAACACGACACCGACUCUCUUGUGAGAAAGUAAAUUUACAUGACACACUUUUAACGUGAGCGUGGGUUGCCUGUGGUUUGGGCAGUCAAAUUAUAUUGAGUAGCCUGCGUAGCUGGCGGUAUUGUGUAGUAGUCGAGUGAGAUUUGAGGGCGGAGCCGUCACGAGCGGCGAAGCCGCGAGAAAUACCGCCUGCCAGAGAACCAUGAUGUUUCGAAUGCCGCCCACUUUUGUCACCUUAGCUGAUCCCAAUUAAAUCAGGCAAUCAAAGAGAAACCUGCAAUUUAAAAACUUCCGAUUAUUUUCGCUCGAGACAGUUUAGAAAUAAGCGUUGACAGGCUAAACACGACUCCUAAGCUCGUGAUAAUGUGAAACGUGACCUUGUGAGUUUGCUUGAAGAGAGGUUUUUUUGUAUUUUCUCGGCUCUCGCGCGAAGGUUACUAGCACUACACAGUGCAUGUAUCAUUCUAAACUUUGACUGAGUAAACCUUUUUUUGGGACAAUAGGCUUAACAUUAAAAGGUCAUGAAGCUGGUUUGUUACAUGCAUACUGAGUAACCAUUUCCUCUGGUUUAUUCUUCUGUAGGUGUUCCUGAUAGGAUUUGAUCUCAGAUGCAGUUGUAAAGUGUUUUAAUUUUCUUUGACCUUUGUUUGUACGGCUAAAUAAAGACAAUUCCAGCGCUGUAAAGUUUAAAGACCAUUUCGGCAAUUUGGUCACCAAUUAUGCUCUUUUUAAAGGGGAAUCCACAAUCACUUACGUCUUUUCCAGUUUGCCAUCUGCUCCCUUAAUUGGGAAAUAUAUGCGAAGGAACAUCUAAUAUGACUGACAUAUGUAUGGCCCUCGACCAAUCCGUUUCUCCGCACACUGGUGUGCGGACUAUUCAAAAUACCGGGGCUUUCUGGCAGGCGGUAUUUCAACCGUCUCGUCCCUACUCCCUUUUUUUGGAACUCGGCUCCGCCGCGAAAACUUUAAUUUCGCACCCACACAAUGCCGCCAGCUACGCAGGCUAUAUAUUGAGUGCAAAUGAUGAUAAAGUGCAAGAAUUAAUGUAGCUCAGCUGCUACCAUAAUCCGCAUGGAAAAUCUACCGACUGAUAACGCUGAACAUGAAUCGUAUUAAUGCAUCCUUCUAUGAACAGGUUAUUAUUUUUAAUGAAGGUAAGAGCAGGUCACUGACGUGGAAAAGGAGGUCAUAAUGAUUGCGAAUCAUAACCAACUGUUCCAUUUCAGUGACCCCAGUAAGUCUGUCGAAACUUUGACCAGUCGGAGACUAGAUUGGUCCUGGAGCGUGACCAAGCUAAAAGCAAUUUUUCAAAUUCUAUUUGUCCAAGUUUUUUUGUUGUUAGUUAAAGAAACCAAAUUCAAGAUCUUUAUUGGAUUUUUUCGCAUCGAGAGGUUUCCAUUUUCUAUAGCAAUGGAGGCUCCACCGCACCUUCAUGCUGAGGCUCCGCUAAAAAUUAUUGGGUUUCGUUGAGCGAGGUGUUCUACGAUACAAAGAGUAUUCGCUUAUAUUUUUGAAGUAGGUUUAAGCUACUCUAAUUUUGCUUGCAACCUGAUAUAACUUGAAAUCGGAAAUUGACAUUUUCAGAAAAGCCAAGGAUCAGGGUACCGUUGGCGGAGUGGCGAACUGUACCAAGUCAUUAUAUCUGGUUUCUGCUAGAAGGUACUCCACCAAUUAACUUGACCCUAGUGAAUACAUCAGCAUCUUUGGAGGGCAGUUUCUUCAGAAAAGGAUUUCGAAUAAAUCGGACGGGUACCUACAAGUACACUCUACUAGCAGAAAACAAUAAAGGAAGUGACUCAAAAACGGUUGACGUAACCGUUCUGGGUAAGGAUUCAAUGGUCUAAAAUUUCAUUCAAUGUAGAUGAGACAUUUUGCAAUUAAGACAACCAUAGUAAACAAACAGUUGUGUUAAAUUUUGUCCUUAUUUUAUCCGUUGAUGAUUCAGUUCAUUCGGGGAAAAAUGAAUGUACACAGGUUUAGUCUACUUUUUCUUGUUUCGCCACUGUUUUGAACACGGGUAAUUUGUGUCCAUUUAAGUUUGUAAACAAUACGAAUUUACCAAAAUAUAAUAUUUGAAAUUCAGUUUCACCCUUAAUCAAUAAGUAAAAAUGAAAGUUCGUUAUUAAUACUCGAUUAAUGCAUAUAUCGAAGUGUACAGCUUUCGUGAAAAUUGCCCCUAGCAACUGCCUUAUUCUUGCGCGAUUGAUUUUGUAGAUUGCAAUCAUUGGUGUCGCAGUACAGGUUCGAUAACAAGUUCUGGUCAACUUACCAACAAACACAACUGUAGUGAAAGCAACAUAACACAUAACUGGAAUUGCAUUCCUACUACAACCACUGAAUUGUAAGUAUAUUUCCUUUUUCACUUUAAAUUAAGUGGCCUGAUGUUUUCUUACUUUUUAAAUUCCCAUCGUUUUACCCCAGUUUCACACACAAACUACAAAAUGCUCCAAAAUCCCGACCAUGAAAAUAAGAGAAUCUUUUGGCAACCACUAUGUACUUGUUUUACUUUAACUUAACAUGCUGACGAUCAACCUUGGACUUUCAAAUGAGCGCGUGUGCAAUGCAAAACUUGCCCUUUCAUUUACAAUGUGGAAAAAAGUUCGAAUGUACGCAUUCACCUUCUUAUUUUAGUCGUUAGCUAUGGCAUAACCUGUUGCACGCUAUUGAAUAACAUACACGUGGGCGCGCGAAUCACUGAUGAUGAUUAGACGACAGAUGUCCAAAGAAAUGACACAGGUGCAUCAAAACCGCGGCGCGCUAUUCCAACCUUCCUUCCUUCCUUCAAGAAUGCAGCAUGCAGUCUCUUUUACACCAAGGAAUCACAGAGCUUUUCAAAAGCCUUAUCUUUCAAAUCGGCCCUUAAAAUUCCCACAGAAUCAAUAAACGCUGCUCUAUCAACUAAUUCAUUACUAUCUUUUACACAUUGCCAUGUUCCCGGCCAUUGAGAGCAUUUCCUAAUGUUUAACGAGUGUACGUAAACGAAACUAAGAACUAACAUUCACCUUCUUUUUCAUUAUUAUUAUCAUCACUAUUAUUAGUAUUAUUACUAUUAUCAUCAUCAUUUUCAUUUAUCAUUAAUGAAGAUGAUGUGAACUGUGGAAAUAAAAACUUUAAAUGAAGAUGUGAUCGCGGCAGCGGUAAUUGCAAUUUACACAAUUGCAAAUAAACCCGUUUUAUUUGAAAAAAAUGUGUCCCAAGACGUGGGACUUUCAUAGGUCAAAUGGUAGAACGCUGCAGCGCUACCGCAGACGCCAUUGGUUAAACUCCCGUUGAAGUCCCGAACUUUUUUAGGGGUUUAUUUGCAGUAGCUUAAAUUGCAAUUACCUCUGCAUAUCUUCAUUUAAAAUUACCGUAAAAUUCCGAAAAUAAGCCCCGGGGCUUAUAUUUUUCAAAGGCCCUUUGUGAGUGGCUUAGUUUUGGAGGGGCUUAAAUUCGGAGGGGCUUAUCUAGGGAAAGAAAUUUGCGUCUCAAAAUCGAUUAGGCUACCCUUAUAGUUGGAAGGAAAUUUACCGCUUUUGCAUGCUUUGUUUUUGUAUUUGAUGGCGAUUUCCAAGUACAAGCCCCCCGGGGGCUUAUAUUUGGAAGGGCGGAUUAACGGAGGGGUUUUUGCGUUACGAGUUUGGGGGGCUUAUAUUUGUAGGGGCUUAUUUUCGGAAUUUUACGGUAUCAUCUUUAUCAUCAUCAUUAUUAUUACUAUGAUAUACCGGUAAAGGUAAAUUCUAAUUAUUUUCCCACUAUAUAAAGCUUUACAUUUAAACGUUAAAAUAAUUUAAUAAAAAUGGGUAUCAUUAUUGUUAUCGUCGCUUUUGGUUUGUCGUCACUGACGUACAAUUAUUUCUUCUAUUUAAUUUCAUAAAAUAACUCGAAAUUUUAAGACAGCCAGAAUGAAAAACAUCUAGUAAAGAAUUGUUUAAUUUUGCCGGCUCGAUAAUUUGUUCUUGUGAGAUCAAUAUGUUUUUUCUAUUGGCAAGCGAAUUUCCUUUAAGACCUUCGCUGAUAUUUUAUAAGUUACAGGUGUUUGUGUGAUUACUUUGACCCUCUUUACUUUAAUUUUGCUGCAGGGAUUUAUCGUCAAGCAAGAUCGAGAAGCUCCCGCCAGGAAUAUUCAAAAAGCCUCCCUUCUUGGAAAAGUUGUAAGAUAACCAAUUGAAAUAUAUUUUUUGGUUUAUUCAGUGUGAUUAUUUGAGGAUAUGAUAGUAUAGAGCUAUCCCCCGAAAAACGGUGGUGGGUGACGAGAAGUGUCGAGGUAUAUAUCUGCCACUAUGCACUCUCCCUUAGAGGGAUGGUCGUUUUACUGUUUAUCAGUUGGUCAGGCUUAGUAAGUGCUAUAUUUUCGUUUAGUUGAAAGUGUUUCAGGGGAUCUCAUCAAGUAUAUUAUUAGGAUUUUGUUGCAAAUUAUAUAAGAUGAUAAUUUUCUAUCUACAAGUAAACUGCAACAAGUCAAAUUAAGUCGCUUUCUUGGUAUUUUCUGGUAAAGCUGGUUUGGUUGCCCCCCGCCCAUAAAAGCGGAUAGCUAAAGAUAUUUUAAGUUACGGGAGUUAAUUAAAACGCUCACCGAUUGGGUACAAAUUAAAUUUAUGCUCUUAUUAUCUUAAAAUGUCACUCUCCUGAUGAUUAGGAAACUUCUCACGGCAGCCUGAUCGGACAAUAGGGGUUUAGUUUUAUUUACUAACUCUCGUCUUUUGUAGUUUGUAAGUACUCACCAAACACAUUUUAACCAUUGUCAAAAGUUGUAAUCGGGAUGUAAAUAUCUUUGCUCGGUUUGCAGAGAUUUGUGUCAACCCUUUCUCUGAAAGCCAAAUUGACAUUAUAAAUUCAUGUUUAAAUAAUGUCAUAUCACUGCCUUUAAAAAGAACUGUUUGCAGAGAGUUUCUUUAAAAAAUAUGCUUCGCGCCAAACACUUUGGUGGCGCCAUCAGGGAGGUCUUUCUAUCGUACCGUCAUGUUGCUGCACCAGUCGGUAUGCUAAGCGACUUUCCAACAUUUAACAUUUAACAUUUUACCACGUCGCUUAUUUCUGCUUUUAAUUUUUUCAAGUUUCGCUACUGAUACGUAAGGCGGACUGGCUUACCUACGGUUAUCAGGCCUUCAACCUUAUCAUUGCCGUUACACGCUGA